UCUCCCGGCUCUGCUCUCGUCGAGAAGCCGAGAAGCGAGUGUCUCUGCGGCGGCGUGCUCCCCCCAUCCCUCUGCUCAGCAGGAUGGAAAGUGAGCUCACCAAGCUGUGGUACGUCCACUCGUCGACACUUUCCUGCGCUCUCAGCCCUCGGUGACACAAUUCCCCGUUUUCACUUGGUAACUUAGUUGCCACUGUGCAUUUAAUAGAUCGCCUUUAAAAAGAAAAGAGGGGGGGAAGACGUAACAGCCCCACCGAAUAAGGUCGCCUUUUUUGGAUGGAGAAUUUCCUCACGUUGGCGAAUCAGCUGAAGUCAAGCUGGUUGUGAAAGUGCAGGAUUUCUUUCCCCCUACACCCCAGGUUGGAGACAGUAUGGCAGCAGGAGUGGCGGCAUGGCUUCCCUUUGCCCGGGCAGCGGCUAUUGGCUGGAUGCCUGUGGCUAAUCUACCCAUGCCAGUGGCGCCAACUGAAAAGAACAAGCGUCAGGAUGAGUUAAUCAUUCUAAAUGUUAGCGGACGGCGUUUCCAAACCUGGAGGAACACUUUGGAUCGCUACCCGGACACUCUACUAGGGAGCUCUGAGAAGGAGUUCUUCUACAAUGAAGAGACAAAAGAGUACUUCUUCGAUCGGGAUCCAGAUGUGUUUCGCAGCGUUCUUAACUUCUAUCGUACAGGCAAGCUUCACUACCCUCGCUAUGAGUGCAUCUCCUCCUAUGAUGAAGAACUGGCUUUCUUUGGUAUCGUCCCGGAGAUCAUCGGUGACUGCUGCUAUGAAGAGUACAAGGAUAGAAAGAGGGAGAAUGCAGAGCGUUUGAUGGAUGACCAAGAAGACAACAAGGAUGCAAAGCUGCCAAACAUGACCUUCAGGGAGACCAUGUGGCGGGCUUUUGAGAACCCUCACACUUCCACCAUGGCUUUAGUCUUCUACUACGUCACUGGCUUCUUCAUCGCAGUCUCUGUCAUCACCAACGUGGUUGAGACAGUGCCCUGCGGCUCUUCUUUUAAUAAAAAGGAAGUGCCAUGCGGCGAGCGCUACACUGUGGCCUUCUUCUGCAUGGACACAGCAUGCGUCAUGAUCUUCACCGUGGAAUACCUGAUGCGCUUAUUUGCUGCACCAAGCCGCUACCGCUUCAUGAGGUCUGUCAUGAGCAUUAUUGAUGUGGUGGCCAUCUUGCCCUACUACAUUGGCCUGGUGAUGACUGAUAACGAGGACGUCAGUGGCGCCUUUGUGACGCUCCGAGUUUUCCGAGUGUUUCGCAUCUUUAAGUUCUCCCGACACUCGCAGGGCCUUCGCAUUCUGGGUUACACGCUAAAGAGCUGUGCCUCAGAGCUGGGAUUCCUGCUCUUCUCCCUCACUAUGGCCAUAAUUAUAUUUGCUACUGUCAUGUUCUACGCAGAAAAGGGUUCAAGCUCCAGUAAAUUCACCAGCAUCCCAGCUUCCUUCUGGUACACCAUCGUUACUAUGACAACACUUGGGUAUGGAGAUAUGGUCCCGAAAACAAUUGCAGGGAAGAUCUUUGGUUCAAUCUGCUCUCUAAGUGGGGUGCUGGUAAUCGCCCUGCCCGUUCCUGUCAUCGUGUCGAACUUUAGCCGCAUCUAUCACCAGAACCAGAGAGCAGACAAACGGCGGGCGCAGAAGGUACAGAAAGCUCGCUUGGCCAGGAUCCGAAUUUCCAAGACGGGAAGCUCCAGUGCCUUCCUCCACAGCAAGCGCAACGGCCUGUUUAAUGAAGCCUUGGAGCUUACGCAACUUCCAUACAAGAUGAAUCUUUCUGAUCAGGGCUCUACAGAGGAGGAACAACGGUUAAGUAAGUCUACCUCUCUAUUGGAGAGCCAACACCAUCACCUGCUGACUUGCUUGGAGAAAACCACUAACCAUGAGUUUGUGGAUGAGCAGUAUUACCAACAAAGCUACCUGGAGGCAGGACUUCAGCAUUACCCGUCUCGUAGCCCGUCCCUCUCCAGCCAAGAAGGUGUCACGGGCACUUGCUGCACCCGCAGAAGCAAGAAGCACCACAGUCCUUUACCCAAUUCCAGUGAGCCGGCACACAUGCAGCCAUUAACGCAUGCACACCAACAAGGCUUGCAAGAGCUCAGCACCAUCCACAUUCAGCCACUCAGCACCAGCCGCUCCAGUUUGAACAUGCGCAUGGAUGAGCCGACACCACUCAACUGCCAGGGUAGCCAAAUCACCACAGCGAUCAUCAGCAUUCCAACACCACCUGUGACGACCCCCGAGGGCGACUCCCGUCUCCCGGCUGCCCCCUCUCACCAGAACGUUGUGAAGGUGUCCGCACUGUGAAGGACGCAGGCGUGUCAUACUCAGUGACUGUUUUAAGACUCACCUAAUCAGACUGAGGGAUGAGAGGAUAAUGUUCAGACACUUACUUUGGAUGCGGUGGAGACUGCCCUCUGCUAGUCAUGUACCGCAACAACAUUGACUCCUUAUACAUUAGAGGGAUGACGUCUAGAUACAGUGCACCCAUGUUUGGGUGUGUAUUUGUGUGUGCAGAUGUAUGUGUGCAACUCAAGUGUCACUGAGCACAAAGCACCUUUUUAUGAUUUUGGCAUCAUUUUGACUCUUCCCUAAGGGGGAGACGGAAGCUGAUCAAGGAACAAUCAGAUAUAUGAUAUUACCCUUUUACUUUUUGUCAUUCCGUAUCACUGCUGAUAUCCAGAUACAGUCAUCAUUCCUCAUCACUUUCAGUAUCAGACCCACUUGAGGGGAAAUGUUACAUAUGAUAUGUAUUGUAUGUCUUGAUUUGUGUUUGUGCGUGUGAGCGUGCGUAUGCGUGUGCAUUUUCUGGAUAGAGGAACUGUGGUAUUUUCAGUCAAAGGUAUGUGCCUCGGGUGAUUGAACUUUCGAUUCUUCUGGAAGUCUAUCUAUGGCUCUCUAUAUGGUAUAUUUGACUAGCUGCCACACUCAAAGCUUCGAACUAAAGCAAAUUCUGUCCAAAAUCCUCAGCUGUAAGCCUUUUUAUACAACAUGUGCCUGAUUUUGUCUGAGGAAAUCGUUAAUUAAUGCUGAUGGAUUUCAAUAUCCCAUUCCUUCUGCUCCCCUUUGGCCAUCAACGGACCUCAAAUGACAAAAUAGUUCAACGCUGACAUUUUUUUUUUUUUUUUAAUGGAAAGCCACCCCAAUUAAAAGCACAAGGCAUUUGCUGAGAAUUUUGGACAUGUGUUCUGAGCCUAGGUCCUUUGUGAAUAUUGUUAAUAGAAUAUUUUGUAAUAUUUGACCAUCGUUUGGCAGAACCAGUGAAGCUGUGCUCACUCCCUCUCCGUUUCGCUGACUAUGUCUCUUUCCCUGACUUCUCUGUUUGUACUUCACUCAGUUGUCGUUGUCCGCUUGUAUUCCUUAUCCCGUCUGUGUGAACUACCGUAUGCCUACAGCAGUCGUUGCUGUCAGGCAGUGAUAUUUCUCCUCCUAACUCAGUGGGCAUUUUGCAAAGUUGUUGCGUAUGUGUACUCUUUGUGGUUUAAAAAAAAAAAAAACUUUGAUGUUGGUACUUUUUGUCCUCCUUGAUGUUCCAUUUUUUAUCUCUUCAUUUUCAGGAGAACCUGAAAUAGGAGUGGGUUGGUAAGUGGACCUGAAGGACAUGUGUUGAACCAGGCCCAAAUCUCGGUCACCAUUUAGCCAGUCUCAACUCGCAGAACCAUCAUGUAACAUUAAAACCCCACAAGGCUAACUGAUGCCUUUGCUCUGGACAGUGACUUUUCAGGUGUGCUCACAACUAAGCUGCUGCCUCUCACUUGGCCUUGUGUCCUUUUGAAUGUCAGUCCAACAGCUUGGUACCAGUGCGGGUGAUCGAAUUUCCCAUCCUAGAAGCUCAUCAUCAAUAAAGAAAAAAAUUAAAACAUUCAAGCAUUUGCUCAGAGACAGUGUUCUAGCUGUACCGACAUAUCACCUUUCGAAUAUGUUUUAAUGUGCACAGGUGGUCAUCUAGCCAACUGGUUUGUGCUUAGCUAAAGUGGAACUAGAUGAUAGAAUUAAUGUCAAAUGAUCAUCACAGCAAAAAAAUAUCUUUAGCAUAGAAAACUGUUAAAUCAGCAUAAGAGGGAAACUUUUGAAUUAGUUUUACAUGUGCAUUUGUACUGGAAAAAAAAAAUCAUAUUUGCUGGCAACAUGGAUGCUGAAAUGUAUAUUUCAUAUCAACGUAACACACCCAAAGGUUCUGCUGUGAUCUUUAAUCCCUCGUGACUACUCAGAGGAAAACAAAAAUAUUCGACAGAGUACGAGCAGAAAGUGUCAUACCCCUAGUUUAAGUAGUGGUACUAUUUUGAGGGGACAGCAGCUGCCUUGCAGCAGAAUUAGUGUGUAAAAUCACAAUGCAAGCGUUAAUGAGACAAGCACAGACACGCAUGCCUUUUUCUGUCAUAUUUUUUAUGUUUGUGUUAAAGAAGACAUCUUGUUCACAGCAUUAAUUCCAACAUUUUAAAUAUUUAGAACUAUUGUACAACAGAUGGCAGAAGAGAGAUUUUCAGUCCUUUAUUGUCCGGAUCAAACCUUACUUCCUUUUUUUUUUUUUGUCCAAUCUCAACUGCACUUUAUAACACAAUCUGAAUGAGGCUCAGCGUGUCCAAUAAUUGACUUCAUACGUAAUGCAAAAUAACAAAGCUCUAUUAUUAUAAUGUUUGGCUCUCUGUGUCUGUCAUGUACUCUCAUUUGUUUCUUCGAGAUCAGUCGGAUAGGCUCUGCCCUCCUAUGCCACCUGUUGUUGUUAAGACUACUGCUGUGCUAUCCUGUCAUGUAUUUGAUAUUAUUUAUGACCUUGUCUUGUGUCCCAACUGUGAAACGCCUGAUAAAACAUCUAUAUCUGCCACAUAUGCAAAGUUUGUGGGGUUUUUUCCUCCUCAGUUAUUGUUUGGUCUGUGCCCACCCAAUUAGAUUAAGUAUAUUAAUAUAUGGGGACUUCUCCCAAACAUAGUUUGGAAACAUUAUUGUUUAAUAAAAGUACAGGACCCCAAUUUCAGAGGAAACUUUCGGAUAGACAAUAAUAUUUUGGUUAAU